AAGCUGUUUUGUUCCUGAAUUGUCGGUGGAAGCGGUGCGCUUAAAUCGGAGAAUCAUUGUUCUAUUUUUUAAAAGUGAAGUUUAUCCGGAUUAACGGUUCCUGCUAGUGUGAUCGGUGCCCCAAAAUGGCUUCGGAACGCUACAGUUUUUCGCUGACCACUUUCAGCCCUUCCGGCAAGUUGGUUCAGAUUGAAUAUGCAUUGGCAGCCGUUUCGGCAGGUGCUCCCUCGGUGGGAAUCAAAGCAUCUAACGGAGUCGUUAUUGCUACCGAAAAUAAGCAGAAGUCCAUUCUGUACGAGGAGCAUAGCGUCCAUAAGGUGGAAAUGGUCACCAAUCACAUUGGGAUGAUCUACUCCGGAAUGGGGCCGGACUACCGGCUGUUGGUGAAGCAAGCCCGGAAGAUUGCCCAAAACUAUUUCCUUACCUAUCGGGAACCGAUUCCGACCUCGCAGUUGGUACAGAAGAUCGCUACCGUGAUGCAGGAGUACACCCAAUCUGGUGGAGUUCGUCCAUUUGGAGUUUCGCUGUUAAUCUGCGGCUGGGACGAUGGUCGACCGUAUCUGUUCCAAUGUGAUCCUUCCGGAGCGUAUUUCGCUUGGAAGGCCACGGCCAUGGGUAAGAAUGCUAUCAACGGCAAGACUUUCCUGGAGAAGCGUUACAGCGAGGAUCUGGAACUGGACGACGCUGUUCAUACGGCCAUCCUGACGCUGAAGGAAGGAUUCGAAGGACAGAUGAAUGCUGACAAUAUCGAGGUUGGAAUCUGCGCAGCCAACGGUUUCCGCCGCCUGGACCCAUCCGACGUUAAGGACUAUCUGGCCAAUAUUCCGUAAACAAUUUAGCUUUAAGUGAUUCCUUAGGAAACAUGGCUCUGAAUCUGGAGCUGUGCGAUUCAUUUAUAAAACUGGAGUUUUUUGGUAUUAAUACAUACUUUCUUGAGGA